GCUUCUCCAGCGGCAGCUUCUCGUGCUUGCAUCCAUCCCUUCCGGACCACACUCCCCGUCUGGCUCCCCACGCCACCGUCCACAGCGUCAGCCGCGGCUGCUGCCUAUCUUCACAUCACCACCACCACCAUCAUCAUGGCGACCAACGUCCCAGUGACGCUCGACACACUGAUUGCCAUCAAGAUUCAGUUCCAGUUGAGCACUCUCAAGUUCAAGAUCCCGCUACGUGAUCUCGGUGCUCACGUCCUCCCUGACAAGUUGCGAACUCUUCUCAGGGUUCCUCCCCACCAGGACAUCGUCUUUGAGCGCUACUCCGACAGCGCCGGUGCCUAUGUCACUCUCGACUCCACCAAACCUCACAUCUACAAGUCGCUUUUCCGUGCUGCCAAGGCGAAACUCAAGCUGCGCCUCCGAGCCACCAUCCCUGGUCAAGAAGUCGCUCCCGUCCGCAGCCUGACUACCAACAUGUCUUCACACAAGACAUCUGAGAAGCUGCCGUCGCUCCACAACCUGAGCUCCGAGACGCUGACGCCUCUGCUCAAUGCCCCAGUCGUGUCGCCCGUCAUCGCACGCACUCCUGUAUCGCAUCCAACUGAGAAGGCGCCCGAGGCCCAAUCUGCUCCAUCCCCAGUGUCCCCUCCGGUGGUCAAAUCAGUCGAGCCUGAGGCCUCCGGAGAGGCCCCUGUGCCCCACCCAUUCACCGCCUCCUCAGGUAACACAUACCAGUACCAAGACCCAAUCGCAGGUAGCUUCAUGAGUGGUCCAAAGCCCUCUACCGGCAUCGCCAACCUGGCUUUCCGGCCCAAGAUGGAUACCCUACAGACCACGUGGGUAGUCUAUUGCAACAACUGCAAUCUCCCCAUGGAAGACGAGCACUGGCACUGUAGCAUUUGCGACCACGGAGACUACGACCUCUGCUCUUCGUGCGUUGAUACCGGUAUCCACUGUCCCGGAUCCAAUCACUGGAUGGUCAAGCGCUUUGUCAAGAACGGCGGUGUUGUAAACAGCACCACGGAGCGUAUUGGGCCCAAGCCUCCACACAAAGAGCCAUCCCAGCCCAAGACCGAGAAGGCGAUGCCGGGCACAUUCACUGAAGAGAAGCAGACGAUUGAGAUCGCUGAACCGACUCGUGAGGAGGAACCCACACGUACAUGCAACUGCUGUGUUCAAGUUUCCCGAGAGACGGAGUUUGUCACUUGCACAUCCUGUGAAGACUAUGACUUGUGCAUGGAGUGCCACAUCCACAACAAACACGGUCAUCACCCGGGUCAUGCUUUCAAGGCCGCAACUCCUGAGACGAGCAUGCCUGCCUUGGGCGACUUCCUCUGCAAUGCAGGCCGUAAUGUUCGCCACUCCGCCGUUUGCGAUGGAUGUGAGAAAUUCAUCUAUGGCGUGCGUCACAAAUGUCUGAACUGCCCCGACUGGGAUUUCUGCACAGAUUGCAUCAAGAGCGCCAAGUACAUCCACCCUGGCCACCGCUUCGUCCCCAUCUACGAGCCAUUGGCAGAGCCUGUGAACAGCGGUAACCGUCAUUAUGGUAUCUACUGCGACGGUCCCCUUUGCAAGGACAAGGAGAACCAGUCUUAUGUUGAGGGUGUGCGCUACAAGUGUGCUGUUUGCAACGACACCGACUUUUGCGCUAAUUGCGAGGCUCAUCCCUCGAAUAGGCACAAUCACACUCACCCAUUGAUCAAGUUCAAGCGCCCUGUUCGUAGCGUCAGCGUGACCACCCUGAACGAGGACAAGAAUGGCACUUCGGUCACCCGUGUAGGAGAUUGCGAGCCGUCCCGGAGGCUGAGUCCCGAGGUCCUAUCUCCUGCCAGCAAUGCCGCCACACAGGUGCAGACCGUUGCCGACUUGAAGCCUGUAGCCCACGGUCCGCUUAUGCAACACGCUGUGCCCAAGGCACCCAAGUCCAAGAUCACGGUCCAGGAUCUUCUCUCUCCCUCCACCGAGGUGAAGCCUGCCAAACCCCUGUCUACGCACAUGCAGGAUUUCGAUUCGUCAAGGUCUGCGAUCAAACCAUUGAACGCCCAUUUCCUCCGUGAUAUUAUCACCGACGGCUCCAAGAUUGCUUCGGGUCAAACAUUCGUUCAAGUGUGGACACUCCAAAACCCCGGCCCUGAAACUUGGCCUGCGGGAUGCAGCGUCCGCCACGUUGGCGGAGACAACAUGCUCAACAUUGACAACACCCAGCCUUUGAGUCAGGCUGAUCUUGCUGAGGCUAGUGGAAGCAAUGUGAUCGGAUGGCCCGUCGCGCCUGGCCAAGAGGUUUCCUUCCGCGUUGUCAUGAAGGCACCCCUUCGUGAAGGCGUUGCCAUUUCAUACUGGCGUCUCAAGACUGCGGAGGGUUUGCCCUUUGGCCACCGUCUCUGGUGUGAUAUCCAGGUCGUUGCUCCUACGCCUCUCCCCGUCACUCUAACCACCGAGGUCUCGCGCGAUGUGUCAAGUCGCGGCCCUGCCGACACAUCAGAUACGCUUGAACAGCAGAAGAUCUCGGCAGAGAAGGCGAACAUGGAGAAGCUGCUCCGCAUCCAGAAGUUCCGAAAGGCCGCUGUCGAGCGUCUCCUUGAGAACCGCCGCAAGGAGUACGAAGCCCUCAAGCAGGCUGCCUCUGAACAGGGCGUGGUCGAACCUGAAGCCAAGGAAACUGCAGAACUUCCUGUAGAGGAGAAGCCUGUUGAGAAGCCUGCGGAGCCAGAGCUCCAGUCCUCCGCUAUGAUCUUCCCACAGCUCGACAAGGAGUCACCUGCCUCUAGCACCCACGAAGCCGUCUCUACCCAGCCUGAGUCUCCCCGCUCUGAAGCUGCUACAGUCGCAUCUACCACCGCACAAUCUGAACAGGAGUUCUUCGAGGACGCUGAGAGUGUGGAGAUCCGUUCCAUCUCCAGUGAUGAUGGGUUCAUGACGGAUGAGGAGUACGACAUUCUCGACGCCAGUGAUGAAGAGCUCGUAUAGUUAGCCCAUGUGCUGACUUCGGCCGGGUCUCAUCUGGCUUCGGAAAGAAAUGGAGUUUGUAACUGGGUACUAGGGCUCAACGGGAUAUAUGGGAGGUGAUGUUUGGGUAAAGUCACCUCUGGGAUGGAAUCACUCUCUUUUACUCUGGCGUAUGGCCUACGCACGCUCCCUACAAAUUGAUCUGGGACACGGCGCAGGACGGCGCAAUGGAUCUGAUGGCGCUUGUUCUGUAAUGGUUAUCCCAAUAUGUCUCUCUAUUUUCUUUCUCCUCUCUAUAGGUUUAGUCUGAAUGAGAAUUUGUUUUAUUAUGAAAAUGAUCCUAGGCGUACACAUUGAGCUGACUAGCAAAACGGAUGCAGAGACCCUACUGUGAUUCUUCCAUCAACCUGGACCUUACAGUAUAUCAUGUUGACCACGAAAAUCGUGAUAUAAGGUCUUGAAGGUGCAGUCAGACGUCGGAUGUAUUUCCUAGGGUGAUGGCGAGGAUUCCAUCUCCAUUCACCAGAGCCAUACAGAGUCACCUGCAUUGUAUCACACCCACCUUUUGUGUUCCUAUUCAUGCGAGAUUUUUGUGUUCUAUUUGGUUUCUGAUGGGCGAUGUCCCGAUCUAGAGGGUUUUACAUGACUCCUGAUCUUCUGAUCUGUAAGGUCUUUUCUUUCAUAACAUGCUUAGGGCAGGUGUCUAGUCGAGUGUCACCCUGAGAGUAUAAGCAACGGGCAAGCUGUUAUGUGUUCACAAUGAUGUGUUUCACUCGUCUGCCUGUAGGUGAAAAACGUCAGUCGAAGGCUUCGGUAACCAAACAAGCUGGUGUAGUGCAAUAAUAAUUUGAGAAGCAUAGUGAAUUCUGGUAAUCGUAUCCAUUCCCAUUUGUAGCUUGUAUUCUCGGUGCGGGUCAAUGACACGAAAUGACGCCUUCAUUGACCAUAUCAAACCUCAACACAAACCAUCAAUCCAUCUACCAAAAGCACGAGACACGGAUGCGAAACAUGAGUUUCCAUGGACGCAGUAAGAAAAUCCGCAGAUAUUUGGAGGGUGGAGUCGCAAACGCGAAGACUCUGCCCAGUUUCACCAGACCUCACCCCUCAACAUCACCAAACCACGGCCCCCCAAAAAGAUGC